AUUUCCAAGGUUGCCAACCCUGUUGUCCAUUGCCAAUUUCACGGAAGUUACGCCGACAUAAGGGACAUAAGUUUACAACGUUGAUGAAAAAAAUACAAAAAUAUUCCAGAUUGCAUCAUUUUUUAUAGAAAAACACGAAUAUCAGAAAAUUUGUGACAUCAAUAUGACGAACGAACUGUCAGAAAAGAUUUUAGAAUAUUUAUCAAAAUGUGAUAAAGUGAAUUCUCUUGAUUUGUCGAAUGUUUUUCAAGAGGAUCAUCAAAAGGUGAUUGGAGCUGUAAAAAGUCUUCAAACAAUAGGAAACAUAAUAAAUGUUGAGCAAAUAAGUACGAAAAAAUGGGAACUUACCGAGGAAGGUCAACAUGUUUUAAAAUUUGGAAGUCAUGAAGCUGCAGUUUAUAAUGCAGUUUCUGAAAAUGGUACAGCGCAAGCUGAAAUUAUGAAAAUUGUACCUUUUGCAAAAGUUGGUGUUUCUAAAGCACUCGCGGCUGGAUGGAUUGAAAUUGAUAAGAAUAAUAAAUCUUUAAUUAAAAAGAAAGUAUCAUCUAUUAUUGAUGUUGCUCAAAAUCAUUUGAUGAAUAUCAUUGAUGUUCCUGAUAAUGUUAAACAGGACUAUAAGAAAAGAAAACUUCUACAACAAAUUAUAAUAAAAAGUGUAUUAUUGAGUAAAGGUGAAUUUUUUUCAACGAAAAUUGAAAAACAAGAGGCUGAUGUAACUGCUGAUUUAUUAGUGAAUGAUGCAUGGAAGGAGAAAAAAUUCAAGCCCUACAAUUUUGAUGCUUUGGGCUCAGCUUUAGAUAUUGGACAUCUUCAUCCAUUGUUAAAAGUUCGUAGUGAAUUUAGAAAAAUUUUCCUUGAAAUGGGAUUUACGGAAAUGCCAACGAAUAAUUAUAUUGAAAGUUCUUUUUGGAAUUUUGAUGCUCUUUUUCAACCACAACAACAUCCUGCGAGAGAUGCUCAUGACACAUUUUUCAUAUCUGAACCAAAAUUAAGUACCAAGUUUCCGGAAGAUUAUUUGAAAAAAGUUAAGGAAGUUCACAGUGUUGGCGGUUAUGGAUCGCAGGGUUAUCGUUACGAUUGGAAAAUAGAGGAAGCACAAAAAAAUCUUCUUCGUACACAUACAACAGCUGUUAGUGCACGAAUGUUACAUAAAUUAAUGUUAAACGGUGAAUUUAAGCCAGUAAAAUAUUUUAGUAUUGAUCGUGUUUUUCGUAAUGAAACUUUAGACGCAACUCAUCUUGCUGAAUUUCAUCAAAUCGAAGGUGUUGUAGCCGAUUAUAAUUUAUCGUUGGGCGAUUUAAUUGGUACAAUUUAUGAAUUCUUCCGUAAACUCGGUAUCACUCAACUUGAAUUUAAACCGGCCUAUAAUCCAUAUACAGAGCCGAGUAUGGAAAUAUUUUGUUUUCAUAAUGGUCUUGGUAAAUGGAUUGAAAUUGGAAAUAGUGGAAUGUUUAGACCUGAAAUGUUACUGCCAAUGGGUAUUCCCGAAAAUGUGAAUGUUAUCGCCUGGGGUUUGUCACUGGAGAGGCCUACGAUGAUUAAAUAUGGUUUGAAUAAUAUUCGUGAUUUAGUGGGACCAAAAGUUGAUUUACAAAUGGUUCACGAUAAUCCUUUCUGCCGAUUAGAAAAAAAUGAUUCCAGAUCAGUGCAAAAGAAUGAAAAAGAAAGCGAGGAAUUUUUCACUUGUUCUACUCAAGAAAGAAUACAAGAUAAUAGAAAAGAGAUGAUUAUCUUUUGUGAUCCAAAAUAUCCACCGUAUUCUUUAGAAACAAUAAUAUCAAUUUUAAAGAAGGAAUUUACAAUUACUGUAUCUGUACAUUUACAUUCGACGAUAGAGAAAAUUUCUCCUUUACUUGUGAAAUUUUGUUCGGAAUUUAUUGAUAAUUGUGAAAAAAAUGUUGAUCUUGCAAUUAUUGUUAUUUGGCGAAAUGUGGGUGUAAAUCCGCGAAUGAUUAUCACUAGUUCGCAUGAAAUUGUGGGUGAAAUUAAUAUUGCACGUUUUUUUAAUCGUUUAAUUGAAAGAAGGAAACCAAAUCUUUUAAAAUAUGAAAGUAAUGGUGUAAUUUACGCGAAUAAAAUUGACAAUAUUCUCGAUAGGAUUCAUCAAAUUUUAUAUAGUUCAAAUAAACAAAGUAAAUUAAAUAGUUUACACGAUUUUAACAAAGGACGUUAUUUCUUAGGAAAUGAAAUUUCAAUAGCUGAUUUAGUUUUUCAAUCAUUUUGUCGACAAAUUCGUGAUUAACAAUAGACUGUCAUUAUUUUAAUAAAUUUUUUUAAAUUAAGAAAUCAAAA